CCGCUGCGGCCGCCGCGUCAGCUGAUCUUAAGAGUUGUGCUGCGUGCCGGCCGGUCCGGGCCCUCCGGUCCAGCCGCCCCGCUGCAGCCAUGUCGUUCUUCCCGGAGCUUUACUUCAACGUGGACAAUGGCUACUUGGAGGGACUGGUGCGCGGCCUGAAGGCUGGGGUGCUCAGCCAGGCGGACUACCUCAACCUGGUGCAGUGCGAGACGCUCGAGGACCUGAAGCUGCACCUGCAGAGCACUGACUAUGGCAACUUCCUGGCCAACGAGGCUUCGCCACUGACAGUGUCUGUCAUUGACGACCGGCUCAAGGAGAAGAUGGUGGUGGAGUUCCGUCACAUGAGGAACCAUGCGUAUGAGCCGCUUGCCAGCUUUCUGGACUUCAUUACUUACAGCUACAUGAUCGACAACGUAAUCCUGCUCAUCACGGGCACGCUGCACCAGCGCUCUAUCGCCGAGCUUGUGCCCAAGUGCCACCCGCUCGGCAGUUUCGAGCAGAUGGAGGCCGUGAACAUCGCACAGACACCCGCUGAGCUCUACAAUGCUAUUCUGGUGGACACGCCCCUGGCGGCUUUUUUCCAGGACUGCAUCUCAGAGCAGGACCUCGAUGAGAUGAACAUCGAGAUCAUCCGCAACACGCUCUACAAGGCCUACCUGGAGUCCUUCUACAAGUUCUGCACCCUGCUGGGCGGGACCACAGCCGACGCCAUGUGCCCCAUCCUGGAGUUUGAAGCAGACCGCCGCGCCUUCAUCAUCACCAUUAACUCCUUCGGCACAGAGCUGUCCAAGGAGGACCGUGCCAAGCUCUUCCCACACUGUGGACGGCUCUACCCGGAGGGCCUGGCCCAGCUGGCUCGAGCUGAUGACUAUGAGCAGGUCAAGAACGUGGCCGACUACUACCCGGAGUACAAGCUGCUUUUUGAAGGUGCGGGCAGCAACCCUGGAGACAAGACCCUGGAGGACCGAUUCUUCGAGCACGAGGUGAAACUGAACAAGUUGGCCUUUCUGAACCAGUUCCACUUUGGUGUUUUCUACGCCUUUGUGAAGCUCAAGGAGCAGGAGUGUCGCAACAUUGUGUGGAUUGCCGAGUGCAUCGCCCAACGCCACCGCGCCAAGAUUGACAACUAUAUCCCUAUCUUCUAGUACCCUCGACGAAGGCUCCCCACAGUGCGUGUGUAUAUGUGUGUGCUGUGACAAAGCUCACGGCUCAUCUACCUGCCCUGGGGGUAGCACACUGUCCUUGUGGCUGCCCCGCUUCCCUGACCCUCUCCGAGACUGCUCUUGGGCCUGCAGGGGGGCUGGGCACCUGCUCCCCACACUAAGGAUGGACCAAGCCACCACCUCCAGAGCAAGGAGGCCCCCUCAGCCCUGUGUUUACAGCCACUGACGUGUCUGAGAAGCAUGUGGUCACUUUUGUGUCCCUCCCUAACCUGAGAACCCCUGGGGGCAGCGUGAACCUUCUCUUCCCUCAGUGGGCCCCCCAGAGCCAUGGCCAGGAUAAAGUGUGUGUGUUCUUGGGAAAUGAGGGAGUAGCUCUGCCCUUCCGAGAUAAUAAAAACUUCUCUAAGCCCA